AUGUCUCGCUCAAUACCCCCUUCCGAGUUAGCCAACCACAACAACAUCGACUCCCUGUGGCUCGCCAUCGACGGCGUGGUCUACGAUCUGACCGAGUUUGCCCCGACACAUCCCGGCGGACUCUCGGUCCUCUUGGACCACGCAGGCGGCGAUGGUACCGAGGCAUACAACGCCGUCCAUUCGCCAUCACUCCUCCUCUCUACGCUCCCAGCAUCAAAGCAACUUGGCCGGCUCUCCUCAUCUGUUCCCGUCCUGGCUGCUUCCUCAUCCCAACCAACCCCAAAACCCAAGCAAAAACCCCCCUUAUCCAGUCUACUAUCCGUCAACGACUUCCGCCUCGUCGCCCACGAUUUCCUCCCCCCCAAAACCCUCGCCUUCGUCUCCUCAGCCGCCACAGACUGCCACACCCACCGCCGCAACAGCACCACCUACUCGCAAAUCACCCUCCGCCCGCGUGUCCUGAUCGACGUGUCCGCGCCCGUGUCCCUAAAAACCACCAUCCUCGGCCAGCCGGUCUCCUCCCCGAUCUUUGUCUCCCCCACCUCCCUCGGCAAGACAGUCCACCCGGAGGGUGAGCGCGAGAUCGCGCGUGCGUGUAAGGAAAUGGGAGGUGUAGCCCAGAUUGUUAGUACCAGCGCGAGCUUUGCCGUGGCGGAUGUCAUCCAAGCCGCUCUGGACCACCCUAUACCAUCAUCUCCCGAUGGCUCACAGCAGCAAAACAACACCAACGACGACAUCCCCGUCUUCCUCCAACUCUACGUCGACAAACACGCCCCCAACACCUCAGCCCUCCUGCACUCCCUCACCUCCCCCAACGGGCCCAGCAAGAUCAAAGGCGUCUUCCUAACGGUCGACGCCCCCGUCCCGGGCAAACGCGAAGCCGACGAGCGCAUCCAAACCACUCCCACUUCCUCCUCCCCCACCAUCAACACAACAACCCCCAUGGCCACCCAACUCACCCCCCGACCCGACACCAACGGCUCCGCCCUAGGCCGCCUAAUGGCAUCCUACAUCUCCCCCUCCCUAACCUGGUCUCACACCCUCCCCUUCCUCCGCGCCCACCUCCCCCCCGGGGUCCCCAUCGUCCUCAAAGGCAUCCAAACCGCCUCUGAUGCCCUCUGCGCCUUCCACGCCGGCGUCUCCGGCAUCCUCAUCUCCAACCACGGCGGUCGGUCGCUGGAUACAUCGCCUGCGUCGAUAUUAGUGUUGCUGGAGAUACAGCGGUGUUGUCCGGAGGUGUUGGAGGGGAUGGAGGUUUUUGUGGAUGGGGGGGUUGGGAGGGGGAGUGAUGUGUUGAAGGCUUUGUGUUUGGGGGCGAGGGGGGUUGGAGUGGGGAGGGGGGUGUUGUGGGGGUUGGGGGGCUAUGGGGGGGAGGGGGUGAGGAGGGUUUUGGAGAUCCUCAACGACGAACUAGUAACAAGCAUGAAAAUGUGCGGCGUCACAAGCCUGGAUGAACUGCACCCGGGGAUGGUCAAUACCCGGGCCAUCGACCAUCUUGUUCCGGAUACUUUGAGCGAGGAGCAUCCGUAUGCUAAGUGGAGGCGGAGUAAGCUUUAG